UUGGGGGAGGAGGGCAGUGCUCUUGUUGGAAGAUAGGGAAUGCCCGUUAGUUGCGUCUGCCGAUAAUAGCACAUCAGCCAGAGCUCUGCUAUUGGGAGAGCAGAGCACAGGCAGUGCGGAGGACUGAGCCACUGAGCACAGAAUGGUACACUAGAGAAGACAGGCACACUCAGAAAGGGACAGAGAGAGAUGGAAUAAGGGUAGAGAGAGUGCAUCAGAGCACAUUGAGAAAAGGAGGACAGAGAAGGAGCAGAGCAGUGGAAAGAGGAGAGGAGAGUGAGGAGGGAAGAAAAGUUACCAGGUCAGCAAGAGAACGUGGAAGUGGAGCAGCUGAGCCUCACUGGGGUCUCUCUCCCACUGGAAAAAGCCCGGCACAGCAAUAAGCAGCACAGGAGGAGAGUGAUAUUACAAGAGGGGAUAGAGGGAGUACUGUAACUUCUUCCUGGAAAGACAGCGCUGUCAUAAGGCGAGGGUUAUGCUCCUCACAGGACCCUUCUGCACAGCCACUUCAGGACUAUCACAGCAAGACAGCAGCAGCAAGCAGAAGACAUUUAAGAUUGGCAGAGGUGCCUGAACAGUGCUGCUUUACUCACUUCUAUACUGGAGACUUUCUUACCCAACUGUGUGCUUUGAGGCAGAUGUUGUGUUUCUGUGAGGCAUUUAUCUUUUUUUUUUGCUUCAGAGUGUGAAACAGUGGAGAUUUGGAGGGUGAGUUGUUGUGCCCUGUCAUCUCUGAGACUAUGGUAGACUGUGCGUCAGGGAGCCCUUCAUCAGCAGCUGCAGCCUUAGAGCAUGGAGAAGUCCAGCAGUGAGGAGUCAGCCAUUCACCGUAGCCCUUCAGUAGACAGCCGCGACUCUGAUUUUGCUCAAGCCUCCACGUCUGGCCGCCCGUUUGGCGGCCGUGGCUUCACUGCCGGCGCAUUCUACGGUUCCACGGGGCCGCGCAAAAACGCACAGCAGGGUCAGGCUGGAGCGGCAGCUGACGCCAGCGCAGGAGACAAGACCAACAACAAGUACAGCUCACCCAAAAGCAGCAAAUACGUAGUCUUUUACCUGGAUCUAUCCUUUGUGUUCCUUUUAGAAUUCAAGAAGUGCAACAUGGCAAGAGGCUGCCUCUGCUGCUUGAAGUAUAUGAUGUUCAUCUUCAAUCUCAUCUUCUGGUUAUGUGGCUGUGGGCUGCUUGGCGUAGGCAUCUGGCUCUCUGUGUCCCAGGGCAGCUUCGCCACCUUCUCGCCCUCAUUCCCCUCACUGUCGGCUGCCAACAUGGUCAUCGCCAUCGGCGCCAUCGUCAUGGUAACAGGCUUUCUCGGUUGCCUGGGUGCCAUCAAGGAGAACAAGUGCCUGCUUCUGAGCUUCUUCAUUGUCCUGCUGAUAAUUCUUCUGGCAGAGCUGAUAUUACUCAUUCUGUUCUUUGUGUACUCAGAUAAGGUGAGACAGAACGCAAAGCAGGAUCUGAAGGAUGGGCUGGCUCUCUAUAACUCAGAAAACAACAUAGGCCUGAGAAAUGCCUGGAACAUCAUCCAGGCAGAGUGGAAGUGCUGUGGUGUGAUAGCAUACACCGACUGGCACGAGGCCCUGAAGGAGAAGGUAGUUCCUGACCGCUGCUGCCAGGAGCAUUACCAGAACUGUGGGCGUAACUCCACCAACAUGUUCUGGAACAGGGGCUGCUUUGAGAAAGUGGAGGAAUGGCUGGAUGACAACAAGCACCUGCUGGGAACCAUAGGCAUGGUGAUCUUGGUAGUGCAGCUCCUGGGCAUGGCGUUCUCCAUGACGCUGUUCCACCACAUCCACAGAACGGGGAAGAAGUACGAUGCUUAGCCUUUAGGGGAGGCACCCAAUGGAAAGGAGCCCCACUGCCUAAUGGGAUAAGACUCUGAUUUAAACACCCCUGCUUCCCCCUUCUCUUUAUAACCUCUUUAGAGUAUCCUUUGCCCCCCCCUCCCUUCCCAGACCUUCUGUACAGAUUCCAGCUGUGUCCCCGCUCUGUUCUGCUCUCUCCUCUCACCAUUCAUUUUGCCAAAGAGUAACACAACUGGAAGAGAAGGGACACUUACUUUUGGCAAGGAAGAUAAUCCCAUUGGUUGUCACUCUUCUUGAGUACAUUUCUAUUUCAUGUUCUUAUUUCUUUUUUUUUGCUUGGACUAACAAUUUGCUGGAAAGGAAGGACGGACUUUGAGACAAUGAAGACUUUACUAUUGCCCACACACCCCACUCCGAGGCAAAGAGAACAUAUGAAACUGAUAAUACCCUUUUUUCCUCAUGUUGACUAAAGUCAAGCCCCUUUUCACUUGUAAAUGAAAAAAGUUCCAACAUGGCAUGCUAGUUUUCUACUUUACUGAUUUACCUUUGUUGUCGAAAUGUCUUCAUUUUUUUUUUUUAUGUCAUCGACGCUCCUGUGGAAUGUAAGUGUCGAACAGAUCAGUGCAAUGAGCUCUCAGACAUGCAGCGUGUGUCUGGGGUUGGAUUUGACGUGACGUUGCUGUGGUGGGGCACAGACAUGUCAGGGUGGUGUUUAAUGUAAUCCAUGAUUCCUACUUUUUUCACUCAACUAUAGAGAUUUGAUGGAGGAACGUCAUGUAAGCGUGAGGAAUCAUCAGUGGAUUUAUUUUAUACCAAACUCUGCAGUAUCCUCUGAAUAAUAAAUUGUAAUGCACAAAUCUGCCUGUGAACACACACACACACACGCACGCACACACACACACACUUUUUACUGCCACACAGCUGCAGUAUUCCCAUUCCCUGAGAGACAAUACAAAUGGUGUAAAAUGGCUGUUUAUUAGGGCUCCACCAGGACUGUCAAGUGAAGAGAUCUGGGUGAUGAAGUUCCCCUUCGAGAAUACAGACUGAAUUGUGUGUGUGUGUGUGUGUGUGUGUGUGUGUGUGUGUGUGUGUGUGUGUGUGUGUGUGUGUGUGUGCGUAGCUUUGUGGGUGUAUUUUAUCACAUUGUCCAAGCUGCAGAUCAAAAAAAAAAUACAGCACAUAGAAACACGGAGAAGCAAGGUCACGAGGGGCAAAAACAUAGCAGACAUGUUGUCUCCCUGCUGCCAAUUGUGUUAGCGGAGGCUGCUAGAGCCUUUCUCUUCUAUAUUCUUGAGCUCUCGUCCAAUUGCUCUGCCCUCUUCAUUCUCUCUCUCUCUGGCUGUCAACCCCCAUAUUCUUCCCAAAUGUCAGAAAGCAAUAGGCUUUCUGCUCCAUACGUAAACACAGUACCUCUGCUGACAUUUCUGUUCAGUUACACCUCUGGUUUGCAACUUCACUGAUUUUACAUUAAGCAUCCUUUUUUUGCAGCCACAGAGGAAGGGGUGGCGGGACUGUAGGCAGAUCAAAGCUAAGACAGAUAGGUAAGGCAACAUGCCCUGUAGGACAUGUCUGUUUAUGUCUGAUUCGCUGCAGGAGACCUGAGCAUCAGCCUGCCUCUUUAAGACUGAAAAUACUUCUACAUCUGCUGUGGUGACUUAAAGAAAAUGCCCACCAGUGUGUCUGCUUGAGGCUUCAAAAUGUCUGAGCAUGUGAGAGGCGGUGGUGAAAAGGAUUAUCUUAUUGUUAAAGGAUAAUUUUAGUUUUGGCCAGAUUAUGAUUGAUGGUUGUCAUCAGUUCUGAUAGCAUUGUACUCACCAAAGUAAAUGCUGAGGUCUGAGAACAUGGUUUUAACAUUUCCACAGAGGGGGGAUUAUUUUGCCCUACACACCCACACAGGUGUUUUCAGUUACUCUUGCUGAUGAGAUUAGGGAGUUUUGGAGGGCACUGUGCGUACAUUUCAUACGCAGAAUUCAGAUACUGAAAAUGUGGGACAGUAAAAAUAGUGCACUACACUAUAUAGCAAAUGGGGAGUGAUUUCGGACACCUAUUUUUGUGGCUCUGGCACAGGAAGACGUCCCCAGUGCACUGAUUGGCUUGUAUGUUUCUUCAACAACCAGACAACAGCCGUCAAUGAGUCCAAGCCCAGACCUGUUUCAAUUGGCUAUGUGCUUCUUGCCCCAUCAGACUUCUUUUUAGAAAUGUUGUCACAUUCCCAGAUCUCAGCAAAGAAUUUACAGUACUAUUACUGAUAGGAAUAAUGGGCCAAACUACAGAAAUAAGACCAAGUUGUAAUAAACUGGAAUUACCCUUUAACGGGAGAAGACAAGUGAUCAUUUGUUUGCUGCUGUUGGAAGCCGAGUAGAGAAAUCAUGGGGACCAAAAGUGGCUGCGUUCUAAACUGUAUCCAAGGUAAUCGUUGACAGGAUAGUUUGUUGCUUUGGAUGAAGCCUUGCAACUCAGACACUGUGCAUUGCUGCUACAUGGACAAAAAUUACCAACCAAGACUCACUCAUUAGACAUUCUUCCAGUCUGGUAGCCUGUAUGCCUCAGAGUAUCACCUGAAGUCAUUCUUAAUGUUGUUGUUUUUUAACUGGUUUUAUAAUGACUUAAUCUGAGAGACACAGUUUUAGGAAGAGGGGGGUUCGUGCAUCAGGAAGCAAUAGAUUUAGGCUGUGAUGUGCAGCGACCCUGCUGGCUGUGAUUCACUGCCUGCCCCCAUAUGCUCCAACUCUUCUUGCUGUGUCCAUUGGGGGAACAUGACAGCUGCUGAUGUACAGCGCAGGCACGAGCGGUCACAUCUCUGCAUGGCUGCCUGCACAAACUCUCUACACAUCCCUUAUUUACGGCCUCGCUCUGCAGACACCCGGCGCUACAUAUACGGUAACUGGCAGCACUGACACUGUAGAAAUACUGCUGUGCUGUUUGGACGCCUCAAAACAGCUUUGAGGUAUAUUCUGCACCCGGGAGGGGUUAUAGGAGAAAUAGCUGCAACUAGUUCUGUAAAUCAGACUGUAUUGUACCCUAACUGCAGGCAAGGAGUUCAGAAGAAACCCAAGAUAAAUAUUUUGUUGCGUUGCUUUGUCUUGCAUGGGGUGGAAAAGUGUUUAAACGCGGAAGUCACAGAAAAUGUGAGAAAAGUGGAAAUAAAACAAAUCCAGUGUCUGUCUCCAAAUCUGACGCCAUACAGACCCAGCAUGCAAACUGUGUAACUCGUUGCCACCCACUGAUCUGACUGUGCUGACAUUCUGACAUUUUCUGCUCUGUGUGAACUCCCUUUCAGCUCUGCCACUGUCACCUGGUUUUCUUGAGAAAAUGUUCCUUCGUGUUUUUAGAAUGCAGGAAUGAAUGCAUUUUAACAAAUGCUGUUUAAUGAUGUUAUUUUUGUACAUUUGUUGUCGCUGUUUUAAUGUUUGUUUUUAUACGAUGUACUGUUAUUUUUCUGUAGUUGUAAGCUGUUUUUACUGUCUUUUUUUUCAUGACAGAAGCUCAUUGUCGCUCAUUGUGAGAACAUGACACCGUUAAGAAUUAGUUUCUUAGAGGAUUAGUCUUUGCGAUGUUCCUCUACAAGGUGCAAAAACACCUUUCUGUCUUAACAUUGCUACAGGCAGUUAAAGCAAUUAGGUCAGAAUUGAUAAAGAGGGAAAAUUUGGCAUAUAGCAUCGGGUGAAGCCCACUAAAGACAUACUGCACGCUUGUCGUCUGACUUUAAAUAAAUUAGGACGUGCUGGUAUAAUCUGCAGUAUAUCUUUUAAAACUGCCAGUGUAAGGCCGAUUAUGUAUUUGUAGAGCAUGAUCUAUUAGAUGAGACUGAACAACACGGAGCUCAUGUCACUACAGUAUACCAGCCCUGUAGGUUAGCCCCGGAUGUAAAUAUUUACAACUGAUGUAACUUACUGUUACACUGCCUACUCCACUUGUAAUCACAUUUAUAUUGACAGUUUGAUUGCCAUUUUCUAAUUCUGAAUUGCCUGAAAAACCAAUGCUCUUUUAUGCUCAUUUACACACAUACCUUCCACCCAUACGUCAUCCAUGUUUGUUUUUCUGCCUCAGUUUUCUUCUUUAGUACAGGAGCAGUGUAAAUUUGUGUUUUUGUCAGUAUGGUUUUCAUAUUUUAUUUGACUGCAUUUGCAUCUUGUAGUAAGACACAUUUUUCCGUAUGUUUUUUUGUUGUUUUUUUUGGAAGGAGUAUAAAUGGAAGUACUCCCAGUAAGCCACAGAGCUGGUAAAGGAAGAAUGCACAUGCAGUAAUUGGGUUUUGUCUGCUGUGAAAAAUUUAAACACAGAAACUGUUUUGGAUUUUUUUUUUGCCACCUUCGACAUAUUAUUUCUGUAAUCUCCUCCUAAUCCUUCCCCCGUGCUAGUGCUGAAUAUCUGAGCAGUGGAAAUGUAUGCUCUAGAAAUGGUGUGUUUGAUGUUGUGUUCUGCUGGGUGGCACUAUCUGAUACCUGCCAGCCUUGUCCUGUGGAGUUUUCUGCUACAUGUGAAAGCACUCUGAAUAUCUAUACUAGGUGGUGAACUACCGUCUCUUUAUUCUCUAAAUCAACUAUUUUUUAAAUAAAGGAAAGAGUGUCACAAAAUCCCACGAUACCGUACGCUCAUUGCCUUUCAUGUUUAAUGACUUGAUGCUCCUGAUGUAUUCUCUUUUUAUGUCCCUGUCAAUUAUAUAUGCUGCAUUUAAACAGUGUUUGAUGCUGGAUUUUUUGGGGGUUGGAAGACAGGACUUGGCAUGAAGAGCAAAGUGAAGCGCUGUCGCAGCAUAUCCCAUGGUGUAUUGAAUGAAAGAGAGUGGCAUCGCCGCCUUAAAAUGGCCUCUUUUUUUAAAAUAAUAACUAAACCUGAGGGACUGUUGUCCUAAAGACGCUGAGAUGAGCUAAUGGUAGUCAGCCAGUCGAGCAGAGGGUUUUUUUAAAGAACAAAAGGGAGAUGAUGAAAGUGGGAACCAUCGCCAAUUUGUCUCGUGUUUCUACAGCACGGAGUGAGCAGCAGAGUAUUUUUGUAUGGAGCUUUAUCCCUUUUUAAACCUAAUUGUUAUCAGGCCCAUGUGUGAUAGUGAGUGGAGUUUAUUGUGCCAUUCCAUCCUGGCUUUUUGUUUUACAUCACUGUUCCUUCUAUGCAAAAAUAUGACCUAUUUUGACUCUUUGUACAGAUUAUUUUGUAUGAGUAACAUGUACUGAAAUAAAGUGAACGGAAUCAACCGUG